AUGCCACCGCAUCUCCUCACCGCGGUCGACUCGACAUCACACAUUCACCUCAUCAUCGGCUCGAAUCCUCUCGCUGGCGCACGAUGUACCCGAUCACUCGAAGUUGGCGCAAAGCCGAUUCUUGUCGCGGCCGAGAGCGCAAAGCUACACUACGGUCUUGCAAAGAGGAUAGAAGAGCAGGAGAUGCAAUGGCUGAAGAAGGAUUUCGAAGAGAGUGACUUGACAACAUUGGGCAGAGAGGAGGUGGACCGCGUUGUUGAUGCUGUAUUCGUCACAUCGGGAGGCAAAUCCGAGUGGGCUACAGACAUUUCCAUGUUAUGCAGGAGACUACGCAUUCCCGUGAAUGUUGUUGACGCGCCGAAUCUUUGCACGUUCACACUGCUGUCCACGCAUAGUGAUGGUCCCCUUCAAAUCGGCGUCACGACCUCUGGCAAAGGCUGCAAGCUCGCGUCGCGCAUACGUCGGGAGAUCGCCUCAUCUCUUCCUCAAGAUCUAGGGAGCGCCGUCGAGCGUCUUGAUCUUGAGGUCGAGGACGAAGAGUCAGGUCAAAUGGCGACGUUUAACAAACUCGUCACACCGACCGAUGCCGAAGCAGCGAAGGAACGUCGCAUGCGUUGGCUGUCUCAGAUCUGCGAAUACUGGCCUCUCCGCCGUCUAGCGUCCAUCACAGACGAGGAUGUCGACCACAUGCUGGAAUGCUACAAGAACGAAAACCUUGCCACCAACACCAGCCCUCUUCUCCAGCCUUCGACCCUCGACGCGCGCCAAUCUCGCGGUCGAAUCAUCCUCGCAGGCUCUGGACCUGGUCAUCCCGAUCUCCUCACUACCGCCACUCUCAAAUGCAUUCGUAGCGCCGAUCUCAUACUGGCGGACAAGCUCGUGCCCGAAGGAGUUCUUGCUUUAGUCCCACGCCGCACGAUCGUAUUCAUUGCGCGCAAGUUUCCUGGUAACGCCGACAAGGCACAAGAUGAGCUUCAUCUCAAAGGUCUCGAAGCGCUCCGCCAGGGUCUGACUGUGCUACGGCUCAAGCAAGGCGAUCCUUACCUGUACGGCCGGGGCGCAGAGGAGGUUGAUUUCUUCCGAUCUCAUGGCUACGAGUCGCUCGUCCUCCCAGGUGUGACGAGUGCUCUGAGUGCGCCGCUAUUCGCGCAGAUUCCGGUUACCCACAGGGGCGUCAGCGAUCAAGUCGUCAUCUGCACAGGCACGGGAAGGAAAGGAGCGAGCCCGUCACCUCCGGCAUGGAGAGAAGCCCAGACGGUCGUGUUCCUCAUGGCAUUGCAUCGGUUGGGAGAUCUCAUCACGAGCUUGAUUGGGAAGAAGGAUGCCGAAACUGAUAUUGUGGGAGCUGGGUAUCCUCUCACAACGCCCUGCACUGUCAUCGAGCGAGCAUCGUGCCCUGACCAGCGCAUUCUGCGAACGACAUUGCAGUAUGUGUGUGCAGCUGUAGAGGAGGAAGGGAGCAGACCGCCUGGACUUUUGGUGGUGGGAGCGGCGUGUGGAGUCUUGAAGGGACCGGGAGCCGCGACAUGGGUCGUCGAGGAUGGCUGGCGAGGUCUGGAUGGUAUCGUGGAAAGCAGCAGUGAUGGAUUUGGUCUGGGUCUUGGGAAAGGCGCUUUGGAAGAGCUGAGAGAGGUCAUCGCCACGCCUGGGCUGGAUGAGUCGAAGAAGAGCUAUGUUUGA